UCUUUAUUUAAUAUCAAAUCUAUUACAUCUAUUAAGCAAUUCAAGUUUAACGACAGUUCUACAUAACUAACAGCGCAUUCAAGCAAUAAUACAUAGUAUGAACAAAUGUUUUACGAAAUACGAGUACUGCAUUGUGUUCGGACAAGAGCGAAGGAACGAAAGCGAUUACGUACAAAGCAUUGGUGGAACCGCAGGUAUAUAAGCUUUGCUUUAAAGAUUGUUGGGCAGUCAAUUGCACUUGUUGGUUCUACAGAGUUCCAACAUGACUAAAUACGUAGGUCCAUGCUUGUUUCUGGGACUGGCUGUGAUAUGCACGGUCAUUGCCAUAUCUUCAGCGCGAGAUGUUCGAAGUAUAAAAGGAGAUUUAGAAGUGGCCGGUACUCAUCACCAUCACCAUGGCCAUCAUCACGAACAUGGCGGAGGUCAUGAACAUCAUUCCCAUCACCAUGGAGAACACGGUGAAGAAGGCCAUAAAGGUCAUAAGGGCCAUCAUCAUCAUGAACAUGGCGAACAUGGUCAUCAUGGUAAGGAACAUCAUGAGGGACAUCAUCAUGAGCAUGGUGGCCAUAAGAAGGGUCAUCACGACGAGCAUGACGAACACGGUCAUCAUCAUGAACAUGAACAUGGUCAUAAAGAGUCAAAAUUCGGUCAUGGAAAGGGUCACAAGAAGGGCGAGAAGACUCAUGGUUAUCAUCAUAAAUCCCAUAAAGAUGAAUUCCACAAGGAACACAAGUUCUACGAUGAUCAUCAUAAAGGUGGACACCAUGAAAAGCAUGGUGAUCAUCAUGAGCAUCAUCACGGCAAGGAAGGUCAUCAUAAGAAGGGCGGACAUCACCAUUCUGGUCACCAUGAACAUCACCACGGUAAGAAGGGUCAUCAUGAUAAAGGACAUUACGAUGAAGAUCACCAUGGUCAUCACGGAAAACAUGGCCAUGAAGAACAUCAUCAUCACCACGAAGAUCAUGGAAAAAAACAUGAACAUCACGGCGGCAAAAAGCAUGGUUAUUCAAGCGCCGCUACUCACCAUGGUCAUCAUCAUGAGAGCGGCCAUGGAGAAGAACAUCAUUCCGGUCACCAUCAUGAACAUGGCGAUCAUGGUCAUAAAGGUUAUAAAGGCCAUCAUCACCACGGGAAAGGUGACAAAGGACAUCAUCACAAGGAGCAUCAUCACGGACAUCACGAUGAGCACGGAGGACACAAGAAGCACCAUCAUCACGAUGAUGGUCAUCAUCAUGAGCAUCAUCAUGGCGAAAAAGGGGAAAAAGGUCAUAAGUUUCACGAAAAGGGACAUUAUGGCAAAGGCCAUAGCACUCAUGGCCAUCACGAGGUGAAAAAAAAAGAUGAGUAUAAGAAAGACAAGGAAUUCUUUGACGAACAUCACGAUCAUGGUCACCAUGAAGAACAUGGUGGCCAUCAUCACGAACACGGGCACAAAAAAGGUGGCCACUUUAAGAAAGGACAUCAUGACCAUCAUCAUCACGAAGGUCAUCACGGAAAGAAAGGCCACCAUGAGAAAGGCCACCAUCAUCACGAUCACAAGGGACAUAAGGGUGAACAUGAUGAUCAUCACCAUCAUCAUCACCAUCAUCAUCAUGGCAAAAAGGGCGGCCACGAAGAUCAUAAGCACUGGGAAUUCAAAAAGGGACAUUAAAAUUUUGUUGCUACUCAGAUACCACCAGCUGCUUUUAAAUAGAAUUCUGUUACUUGCUUUGGUUUCUAUUACUCGUGUUCUUCCUCAUAUGCAAUUAUCCAAUAAUAUAUAUACUCUAUAUCUGUCUUAAUUGUUAAUUAUGCAUACAUUGUUGAAAUAAAGUAACAUAGUUAACAUGUUCUUUUUUUAUAUUGUACACAAUUUGCGUGGUAGAAUAUCUAAAUAGUUAUAGAGUUCUACCACAGCUGAGCAAAUAAUUACAAAGAAAACUAUUGUAUAAGACUGAAGAAAUUCUUUUCUGUCACUUUUAUUUUUUUAUGAUUAAAACUUCCUAUGUGCAAUAAUUAUCAGGUUGCUAGAAACGUACACUUUCUUAAUUAAAUAGACAUAAAUACGUUAUUGAUCCAAAUUACAAGUACCGUAAAUUAUCAGCGUGCCUGGGAUCUUCGCUUUUAAUAAAAAUUCCUAUGCUCCAGCUAUUUAUCAAAUUCCAAUAUUAAUAAACAGCAUUAAAUCUGCCAUUGGUUAUAACGCGUUAUCGGUUGGCGGUAAAUGAAGUGUAUUCCAGCGGUAUUACGUUUAUUUAUUAAUAUUUAGUUUAACAAACUCUUCUGAAGCUGUUUUAUAACUCAUCUGGAGAACAUUUAUUUAAAAAAUAGAAUUUAAAAAAAAUAUCGCAAUCAUCAUUAUUGUACGCAUAACAAUCAUGUACAGGACGUACAGGAGAACAUUCAGUAAUUUUCAAUUAAUAUUCAGCAUUUAUUAGCGCAUGCAUUUUCAAUCUGCUUUGCAAAAUAACAAUACUGGA